GAGGGAGGCUGUUGUGCUGCUCGCUGUCCGGCUAGCUGUCAGGCUGGUGGCGAUGCCUCGAUCAGAAUGAUAUCGCAGAGGGAAAGAGGAGAACUCGCUCGGUUUUACACUGUUACAGACCCCAAGAAGCACAGGAAGGGAUACACAGUGUAUAAAGUCACAGCCAGGAUCAUCUCCAGGAAGAAUCCAGAAGACGUGCAGGAGAUUACAGUAUGGAAGAGGUACAGUGAUUUCAAGAAGCUGCACAAAGAUCUCUGGCAGAUCCACAGAAACCUCUACAGACAGUCUGAGCUUUUCCCGCCAUUCGCCAAAGCCAAAGUCUUCGGCCGGUUUGAUGAGUCUGUGAUUGAGGAGAGGCGACAGUGUUCAGAAGAUUUGCUGCAGUUCAGUGCGAACAUUCCAGCUCUCUACGGCAGCCAAUACAUACAGGACUUCUUUAAGGACGGUGAGGUACAGGACGGUUCUGAGCUCAUCGGGCCGGCGGAGCCUUUCUCCGACUUCUUGGCCGACAGCUUAUCAGACAGCAGCUCUGAAGUUCACAAGGACAUUGGUGGAGUGGAUGAUUUGACAGUAACCAGUCAGUCCGAGUAUGGAGGGCCGUCCAGUGACAGCGAUUUAAUUUCUCUGCUGGUUGAUGGAGACUCCCUAGCUGAGCUGGACGAUGGAAUGGCCUCAGGUGGAAGUUCUCCAAACCACCCAGCAGGGGGCAGCAGGCGGGACGUGUCCCCCAGCAAGCCAGAGCUAGAGCCUGGCUGGGCCGGCAGGGCAGCGCUGUUCCCCUCCAGCCUCCGCAAGAAGGAUUAUCUGGAGAAAGCGAGCGAGCAGAUCGGAUUGGCCGUCCAGAAAGAGGUGGAGCAGGACUUCGCUGCUGCGUUUUCUUACUACCGCAGCGGAGUGGAUCUACUACUGCAGGGAGUCCAAGGUGAGGUGAGUCCGAGCAGGAGAGAGGCUGUGAAGAGGAAGACAGCCGAGUAUCUGAUGCGCGCUGAGCUCAUCUCCAACACGCACCUCAAAGACAGCAUGGGACAGAGCUCCACUCAGAACCGGGCACUGGCUGCUCAGUGUUGUAAGGGGUCGUGGGGUCAGCAGAGUCAGUCUGAUGAACUUCACAACUACAGAGUGCUAGGGGUCAUCGACAAGGUGCUGCUGGUGAUGGAUAAGAGAACGCAGGAGAUGUUUGUUCUGAAGGGGCUGAGGAAGAGUAGCGAGUGUGGACGUGUGAAGAAGACGGUGGUCCCCCGGACCGUGCCCAACAUGGUACGACUCAGGAAGUUCAUCGUCUCCGAGGACUCCGUCUUCCUGUUACUGCAGUACGCUGAGGGAGGUAAACUGUGGUCUCACAUCACCAAGUACCUUCAUCAGGGUAGUCCAGAGGAGAGCUUCGACAUCCCCUUCAUCCAGAAGACGCACACGGCGGUCUUGCGCUCUGCUGAGCAUUUAGACCCAGCCUUGGCCAGCUCGGACAGCGCCGGCUCUCAGCCCAGCCUGGAACUCCAGGAGGAGGAGGAUGAGGAUGAGGGUGCCGCUCCACGAGGCCUUCCCCAGCUGAGCACCCUGAGCUUGGGAGAGGGUGACCUGCAGGGCCCCCUGCCUGACUCUGGAGACACCUCAGAAGAAGAGUGCACCAACAGCUACCUGACGCUAAUCAACGAAUACGAGCAGGAGAAAGUGGAGCCCGAGACUCUGGGUGAGGAAGAGGAGGAGGGCGCUGAAGAAGCCGAGGAAGACUCCUGCAUCCUCGGAGGCGAGGGUUCUGACAUCGCCACGGGGAUGUCCAGGUCGUCCCGCACUCGGUCCUUGAUAAGCGGCGACAGCUUGUGCUCUCCAAUCACGGCACAGGAGCUGCGAUUCUUCACGGAGGAGGAGGAUCUUAGUGACCCGCCCACUCUGGACUCUCUGGACCAGUCAAAACGCUCCCCAAUGGAACUCUUCCGCAUCGACAGCAAAGACAGCGGCGACAUCUCCAGAGCCCUGUUCUCCACCUCUGACUUGGGCUCGGAGGUCACGGAGGUCACGGAGGACCCCCUGGAGGUGGGCGAGGUUGUGGAAGUCAAAGAUCACGUGACGGACCUCUGGCGCUUCGACAACGAUCAAGGAUCUAACGAGUCGGUGCCUGUGAUCUCUUUCAAAGAGGCCAUGGCGGAGGACGAGGGACGGCCUCCUGAUCUUUUGGUCAACCUGCCCGGGGUUAGAGGGGUCACGGGGGUCACGGGGGUCACCAUGGACGACUUGGAGGAGGAGCUUGUGGCGGCGGGUGUGGCUUUCGCCGUAGAAGCCAAACCAUCGCCUAAAUUCGGCAAACCCGACGUGCUGCAGCUAGGAGAGGAGGCGGGACUGGACCUGUCGGUCAAGGCAGAUGACGAUGGGGAUGGUCCGGCCUUCUCUAAUUUGCAUAAAGAAUUGAAUGCGGAUGUACUUGAACAGGAAGGCCACGCCCCUUCCAUUCACAGUAGUGCAGAAUCUCAGACACUUUCUAGCUCUCGGUCUCCCUCCAAUCCACUCGCUCCGUCACCACAGUUCUCUGAUUUGCUGCACUCCACUGACCCGAGGACUGAGUCCAGCUCAACUCAGCCGCAGCUGCCCUCAAGGUCGGGGUCUGAGGUCACAGAAGGGUCCCGGGUUGAGAGGGAGGGGAGGAGUGUGUCAGAGCUGUUCCGCGAGCUGGACGAGCUGGCUGAGGUGGCGCUGCACACGCACAUCCCGGAGACGCUGGUCAGGAGCUGGGCCGUGGACAUGCUGCUGGCCCUCGAUGCUCUUCAUCAAGAGGGCAUCAUCUGCAGAGACCUCAACCCUAACAAUAUACUGCUGAAUCACAGAGGUCAUGUGGAGUUGACGUAUUUCUGCAGCUGGAGUGAUGUGGAGGACUCGUGCGAUCCUGACGCCGUCACUAAGAUGUACUGUGCGCCAGAGGUGGGCGGGAUUUCUGAAGAGACGGCAGCUUGUGAUUGGUGGAGUUUGGGAGCACUUCUCUUUGAGCUUCUUACUGGAAAGGUAAGACGGUGAAGUUUUGAUUGUGAUUUUAUCAGAGAAGGAAAAAAAACCUCCUUAACCUAAAUGUAUGUUAAUGUUUUAUUCAGUGUAAUUUGGCACCACAGCACUGCUGUGUCUGAUCCACUC